CCCAACUGCUUCGGCGUUUCAAGCUGACAGAUUGAAGUAAAUUUAAAGUUCUUACGCGAUCUGGCAACGGUAGCCUGGACUGUAAGCGCCGCCAAUAUGCUGGCCGACGGGAAAAUUGAUUCGCUGGACACACGUCUUGAGCAGUUCAAACUGAAUAAUCAGAGUACACAAAGUAAUUUGCAGAAUCUUUUGAGGGAUCAUGGCCAGCUGCUUAGCGACUACAAGUCUUUAAGAGCAGCAUUCGAAGAGCAGGGCAGUAGAGGAGCCGUCAAGCACUCGUCGAUAACAGCCCACAACUCAUAUGUACUCAUGCUCGUGGAUGGAAAUGGUUACAUUUGCAACGAUGAGCUCAUACGCGAAAAGGAAGAGGGCGGGAUGCGAGCCGCAAGGAUGCUAAACGAUGCAGUAGAGAAGUACCUACAACAAAGCGUUCCCGAAGCCCGAACCUCACGCAUAGUUGUUCGCAUCUAUGCGGAUCUUACGAAUUUGUCAAAGCAACUAGCAAAAUCAAAAGUUACAGGCCUGGAGAAGCGCUCAAUCGCACCGUUUUCAGCAGCCUUUACACGUGCGAUCAGCCUUUUCGACUUCGUUGAUGCAUUGGAUGAGGAGGGUACCAAGUUCAAGAUUAGAGAGCAAUUCAAAUUUGCAUCUGAAGACAAGGCCUGCAGUCAUAUCCUGUAUGCUGCUUGCCAUGACAACGCUUAUCUGUCUCAGCUGGCACCUUUCAGCGGUGCACGUAGCAAGAUCACACUUGUGCAGGGUGCAGGCUUCAUCUCCGAGUUUCACCAGUUCAAGUUGAAUAUUACCCAGUUUCCAACCAUCUUCCGAUGGUCAGAACUACCAACCGCUGCUGUGCCUGUCACGAGCACACCAGCUCCCGACCGGUCUGCAUCCCCUAAAGAACUAGCAGCGCCAAGAUCGGCAACGAGUUAUGUGCCAUUACAUCUGCGCAAGACUCAAGGUUCGUGGCGAGAUCGUGCUGCAGAUGCGGAAAGUUCUUCACCUGGGUUUGAUGAAUCAUCCUCGGUGAAGACGGAUGGCUUCGGCGACGAUUAUGGUUCUGGCUAUCAAGAAAAGUCCAAUGCAUCGAAGAAAGCGAAGGUUCCUUGCAGAUACUUUCAAAAGGGUUUCUGUCAAAAUGGCAGUAAAUGCGGUUUUCAACAUGACCCUACUACCUUGAACAGCUCAAAACAGCAGCAUACCAUACAUCGGGAUGAGAUCACUACAGAUCGUUCCAACGUAUCUGGCAUGUUGCCCGUCGUAACGGCAGCAGGUUACAUAGCUCUCAACAAAGACGGCCAACGACUGGACACCGUCAUCCGAUCGCCAACUCAGGACGAAUGGGUCGUAUACAACUCUCGCUUCCGUCAACAAAAGCCCUGCAACAACUUCCACUUGCAGCAAGACUGCACAGUUCCUAACUGUCCCUACGAUCACAAUGAUCUUGAGCCCGAGGCACGUCAUGUUUUGGAGUAUGUACUCAAGUGCAAUCCCUGCCCACGUAAGAGCAAUUGUCGCGCGUCUGACUGCUAUUACGGUCACAUCUGCCAGAAGGACGGUUGUACGGGUCAGAUGAAGGGAUGCAAGAUGAAGGCAAACCUUCACAACAUCGACCCGAACCUUGAGAGUAUGGUACCGGCAGAGAACGAGCCUUUGCAAGUGAGUUCUGUGCAGGCGUCGGAAGAUAUCCCUGCCUUUAUGUGGUAGGGACACAGUGGUGGAUCGAUUGCAUACACGUCUGCCAUUCUCUUGACAUGGCGGGAAGUUAAAACAAAGCUAUGUAUCUUGCGAGUUACUACGAUUAUUUUGGCGAAUGUAUGUACGAAGGGGAAAAGAUGUUUCGCGAACCGUUGAAGAGCAAGGUAUAGAACAAACCAGUGUAUAUCUGAUCGUGGUGUUUAUUAGGUCCAUAGCCCACGCAGAUCAUACUUCUGCGGUAAGCUGAGAGGAGUCAUGUAGAACGACAGCAAAAUUGUACAAUGUUGAAUAUGCAGAAAUGGACGAUGGCUACCUAGGCGCCUCAACCGGCUUCGAGGUUCCAUCACCUAGUGCCGUGUUGAUCCACUCCCCAUCGUAGCUGAAGUCGUAGUCAGGGUGGGAUGAAACGUACUGUUAGCUCCCAGUGUGAGG